AUGGAUGUAGCCAGUGGUGGUUUUAAUUACAACGUCUCUCUCAGGUUAACACUAAAAGGCCAAGAUAUGCAAUUUGAGAGAAUCUUCACUGCUUUUACUAGUAUUGAUUUAUCAAGCAACAAAUUCCAAGAAGAGGUUCCACAAGCCAUAGGAGAUCUUGCUUCACUUCUGCUACUCAAUUUGUCUCAUAAUAACCUUCUUGGUUCUAUUCCAGAUAAAUUGGGUAGCUUAGAUAUGCUUCAAUCAUUGGAUCUCUCUUGGAACCAAUUCACUGGAAAGAUUCCUGAGCAAUUGGCAAAUUUAACAUCUCUUGCAGUUUUGGACCUUUCACAAAAUCAACUUGAUUGUGGAGAGAUCAGUGCAAAACACGUGCCACCGUCAUCCAUGCCUCAGCAGAAAGAUGGUUCAGAAGACUUCGCAAGUAUAUUUUCCUGGAGAGAUGUAUUGAUGGGGUGUGGUUGUGGUUUGGUUUUUGGAUUUAUCAUGGGAUUGGUCAUGUUAAGAAUAGCAAAACCAGAAUGGCUCAUAAAUAUAUCUGAAUGCUGUUAUCAGAAGCUCAAGAGGCGCUAG